CAUUAAACUUACAUGACCACAUAUUAUAUUUUAAUGGUAAAUAUUAAUAUCUCCAGUACUGAAUUACCAUAUUCUCCAGUGCCAUCUUCAUUUCUGUACUUUCAAACAAAACCACAUACGCUUGUAAUAUAAACUUUGAUUCAUCCAACAUUACAGAUUUAGUAGCUCUUUUAAGCUUGAGAGAGGCAUUUUAAAUCUAUAUUAGAGCAUUAUUCAGGAAAUCCUAAGACUUGGAAAGAUUCAAGUGCAUUGGUGCAAGAUAUUAUCCUUUUGUGCAAAUAAUAUCCAUCCAGAGCUGAAAGAGUGUAUUUAUGUCACAGGGUAUUUAAAGCUAGCUGUGUUCAACUGUAUGGCUGAAUCCUGAAGUCCACAGACAAGGAAGGCUUCCUCUAAAAAUCAAAGGAUUUUUGUCAAAAUACUGAGGAGAAAAACGGCAUGAGUAGGAAAAGACAGUUAAUCCAUCAGAUAUAAAUGCUAUUGACCCAUUCUGUGAUUGUUCACAGCUUUACUUGUAUAGAGGAAAACCAGAAAAUCUUUCAGGCUAGGACAUUCUCUUUCCCCAAAUACUCCUUCACAACCCACAAUUAAAAUAUUUCCAGUAAAUCUGGUGGUGGCAGGGAGCAUCAGCCUUCAGCAAAGGGCCCUUAAUCCAAACAUCAGCAUUUUCCCCUGUGCUCAUCCAAAAAGGUUGUUUUAAAAAGCCACUCCACUUCGGUACGUCCACCUGUAAAUUCCUCGCCUCGGCAACGCUUUCAGCAUCGGGUGUUUCAGUUCCUGCGACGCGGCCUAUUUACACUCACACAGACGAACAUGAGCGGACAAUAACUCCAGGAAACGUCCCAGGUCUGACACAUCUCAUCCGCUGGGGCGGGUGUGUGUGCAUGUGUGUGCGUGCAACCUUUGUGAGUUCAUUCUAAGACGCCUUUUUAAGCCUGCCUCCCGUGAGGUGGUAUUUUGCAGUCCUCCUUCCUACCAUCCUUAAGGAAGGCGAAAAUAAAAGCCAAAACGUGUUUUUUUCAACGGUCACUUCAUCUCAAAUCACUGUCUGCCUUCCUCUCAGCGCGGGCCUAAACGUAAACUCCGGUCUUCUUCACCAGAAAGGGAGAGAGAAGAAAGAAACUGAGGCAGCAGCUGAAGGGGUGGGGAAGGGGAGAGACAGUCACGCAGUAGAGACUCAGUUGUGCCCGCCGCUGCUAGGUAAGGCAAGGCGGGAGGGAACCACUCCAGCUGCGGCAGAGCUAGGAAGGGAGCGGCGUAGAGCAGUGCAGUAACAGCAGCGGAAACGACGCUAGUUGAGCGAGUAAGAAGGGGGAAGUUGUUGGUGUUUGGCGCCGGUGGAGGGAGUCAUUCCUGCAGCUGCGCUUCCGGUCGGCAUUUUGUUCUGAGGGAGCGAGAGAGACACACACAGAGGAUCCUUUCCUUUUCUUCCCUCCCCCCCCUCCUUCUCCUCCUCUUCUUCUUCCUCUUCCCCCUCCCUCCCCUCGGUACCGACUCACGGCUCACUGCGCCCAGGCUGCUCCUUCCCCCACCCUCCUGCACUCGCAUGUACAGAGGGAGCAGCGGCCCCUUGGCAGCUGCCCUGCCCUGCCCUCCCCUCCCCCCACUCCGCGGCUUGGAGCGUGUCUCGGAACCGGUUUGGUUCGGCCCGUGUUGAUGCUGUGAAGCGGGCUCGGGGGAAAGGGAUUUGUCCUGGCCGCUCACCCCCUGGCUCUACAUGUUCGCUGCACUGAGGAGGAGACGGAAGAGGAUCCAGCCCCCCUCCCGGCCCGGAUUAUUGUUGUUAUAUUAUCUCCCUUCCUCCUCCUGCUCCGCGGUGGCGGCGGCCUAGUAGCGGCGACAGCUCCUCUAAGGAGGGAGGGGUGGAUUUCUCUCCCCUUCUCUCGGAUUCUCGUUGGAUUCGGACGCCGAUUUGUUCAGUGCUUGGGAGAUGGGAAGUAAUGAUAGCUGGCACCUGAACUAAAAUAUCUGUGUAGGCGCUACCAUCUCAGAACUUCAGGAUGAAUGGGGAUAUGCCUCAUGUUCCCAUCACUACUCUUGCAGGGAUUGCUAGUCUUACAGACCUUUUGAACCAGCUGCCUCUUCCAUCACCUUUACCUGCUACAACAACAAAAAGCCUGCUUUUCAAUGGACGGAUAGCUGAAGAGGUGAACUGCCUUCUGGCUUGCAGGGAUGAAAAUCUGGUUUCACAGCUCAUCCACAGUCUCAAUCAGGUGUCAACAGAUCACAUAGAAUUGAAAGAUAACCUUGGCAGUGAUGAUCCAGAGGGAGAUAUACCAGUCUUGCUGCAGGCUGUCCUGUCAAGGAAUCCUAAUGUUUUCAGGGAGAAAAGCAUGCAAAACAGAUAUGGGGUACAAAGCGGGAUGAUGAUGUCGCAGUUUAAUAUUUCUCAGAAUUCCAUGAGAGGUAGUCCUGCAUCUUCUAAUUAUCAACAAACCACUAUCUCACAUAGCCCUUCCAGCCGAUUUGUGCCACCACAAACAAGCUCUGGUAACAGAUUUUUGGCACAACAGAAUAGUCCAGUGCCUAGUCCAUAUGCUCCUCAAAGUCCUGCAGGAUACAUGCCAUAUUCACAUCCUCCAAGUUAUACACCACAUCCUCAGAUGCAGCAAGCUUCGGUAUCCAGUCCCAUUGUCACAGCUGGGAUGAGGAAUCUCCAUGAAAAUAAAGUUUCAAGUCAAUUGUCUGGAAAUUCAGCUAAUCAUCAUGCUGAUAAUUCUAGACAUGGCUCAAAUGAAGACUAUCUACAAAUGGUGCACAGGCUAAGUAGUGAUGAUGGCGAUCCUUCAGUAAAGAAUGCUGCAUCUUUUUCCUUGAGGUCACCACAGUCAGUCUGCUCUCCAGCUGGAAGUGAUGGAACCCUUAAAGGAUCAAGACAACCUUUAAUCCAACAAUCUCAACCUCCACCUUAUUCAUCACCUAGAGAUGUUCCCCCAGACAUAUUGUUAGACUCUCCAGAAAGAAAGCAAAAGAAACAAAAGAAAAUGAAGUUAGGCAAGGAUGAAAAAGACCAGACUGAAAAAGCUGCAAUGUAUGAUAUCAUUAGUUCUCCUUCCAAGGACUCCACUAAGCUUACAUUAAGACUCUCUCGUGUAAGAUCUUCGGAUAUGGACCAGCAGGAUGAUAUGCUUUCUGGUUUGGAAAACAGCAGUGUGUCAGAGGGUGAUAUUCCUUUUAAUGUGCAGUACCCAGGACAGACUUCUAAAACACCCGUUACGCCACAGGAUGUUAACCGCCCAUUAAACUCUGUUCAGUGUUUGCUACAGCAUGAACAGACAGCUUUCCUUCAGGCACAACAAGUGCCUGUUUUACAACAGAACACUUCAGUUGCUGCAAAACAACCUCAAACUCCUGUGGUACAGACACAGCAACAGGUUUCGCAACAAGGAGCUAUAUCGUCAUAUGAUGAAGUAGAAUUGGAUGCAUUGGCUGAAAUUGAGCGGAUAGAACGUGAAUCAGCUAUUGAAAGGGAGCGAUUUUCAAAAGAAGUGCAAGAUAAAGGUAGCAUAGAUCAGUCAGUAUUAAAGGAAUUGCCUCCUGAGCUCCUGGCAGAAAUUGAAUCCACCAUGCCGCUUUGUGAACGUGUGAAAAUGAACAAGCGCAAACGUAGCACAGUUAAUGAGAAACCAAAAUAUGCUGAAAUCAGUUCUGAUGAAGACAAUGACAGUGAAGAAACUUUUGAAUCAUCUCGUAAAAGACAUAAAAAGGAUAGAGAUGAAGCUUGGGAGUAUGAAGAACAUGAUAGAAGAAGCUCUGGUGACCAUAGGAGAAGUGGUUAUUGUCAUGAAGGAAGGAGAACUUCUGGUAGUAGCCGUUAUCGUAAUCGCAGUCCCAAUGACUCUGAUAUGGAUGAUUAUUCUCCUCUUCCUAGUCUCAGUGAGGUGGCUAGAAAAAUGAAGAAAAAAGAAAAACAAAAAAAGAGGAAAGCUUAUGAACCUAAACUAACACCUGAAGAAAUGAUGGAUUCUUCUACUUUCAAAAGAUUUACUGCUUCAAUAGAGAAUAUUUUGGAAAAUUUAGAAGACAUGGAUUUUACAGCUUUUGGCGAUGAUGAUGAGAUUCCACAAGAAUUGCUACUGGGAAAGCAUCAGCUUAGUGAGUUGGGUAGUGAAUCUGCAAAAAUCAAGGCAAUGGGCAUUAUGGACAAGCUCUCAACAGAUAAAACAGUAAAAGUCUUGAAUAUUUUGGAGAAGAAUAUUCAAGAUGGAUCGAAGCUUUCUACAUUACUUAACCAUAACAAUGACACUGAAGAUGAGGAGAGAUUAUGGAGAGAUCUUAUUAUGGAGAGAGUGACAAAAUCUGCUGAUGCUUGUCUUACUGCUAUCAAUAUUAUGACAUCACCAAAUAUGCCUAAAGCUGUAUAUAUUGAGGAUGUAAUAGAAAGAGUAAUUCAAUACACAAAAUUUCAUUUGCAGAACACUCUCUAUCCUCAAUAUGAUCCUGUGUAUAGAGUGGAUCCUCAUGGUGGUGGUGUUUUAAGUUCAAAAGCAAAACGUGCUAAGUGUUCCACCCACAAGCAAAGAGUUAUAGUGAUGUUAUAUAACAAAGUUUGUGACAUUGUCAGCAGUUUGUCAGAGUUGCUAGAGAUACAGCUUCUCACCGAUACAACUAUUCUUCAAAUAUCAUCUAUGGGAAUAACACCUUUCUUUGUAGAAAAUGUCAGUGAACUACAGUUAUGUGCCAUCAAAUUAGUGACUGCAGUGUUCUCCAAGUAUGAAAAACAUAGACAGUUAAUACUAGAAGAAAUUUUCACUUCCCUUGCAAGACUACCGACUAGCAAGAGGAGUUUGAGAAAUUUCAGGUUAAACAGCAGUGACACUGAUGGAGAGCCUAUGUAUAUUCAGAUGGUAACAGCACUAGUUCUGCAGCUUAUUCAAUGUGUGGUGCAUUUGCCCUCAAUGGAAAAAGAUUCUAAUUCAGAGGAGGAAUCAAACAAAAAAGUGGAUCAAGAUGUGCUUAUGACUAACUCAUAUGAAACAGCCAUGAGAACAGCACAAAACUUCCUUUCUAUUUUCCUUAAGAAGUGUGGCAGUAAACAAGGGGAAGAAGAUUACAGACCACUGUUUGAGAACUUCAUUCAGGAUCUUCUUUCCACAGUUAAUAAACCAGAAUGGCCAGCUGCAGAGUUGCUACUUAGCUUAUUAGGAAGGCUAUUGGUUCACCAGUUCAGUAACAAAUCUACAGAAAUGGCAUUAAGAGUUGCAUCACUUGACUAUCUUGGAACUGUAGCUGCAAGACUCAGGAAAGAUGCAGUCACUAGCAAAAUGGAUCAAGGUUCUAUAGCGAGAAUACUCAAACAGGUUUCAGGAGGAGAAGAUGAAAUUCAACAGCUGCAAAAGGCUUUGCUAGAUUAUCUGGAUGAGAACACAGAAACUGAUGCAUCAUUAGUGUUUUCUCGGAAGUUUUAUAUAGCUCAGUGGUUCCGUGAUACAACUAUGGAGACAGAGAAAGCAAUUAAAUCUCAGAAGGAUGAGGAUUCAUCUGAAGGAACUCAUCAUGCAAAAGAUGUUGAGACCACAGGGCAAAUCAUGCAUAGAGCGGAAAGUCGCAAAACAUUUCUUCGCAGCAUCAUUAAAACUGCUCCAUCUCAGUUCAGUACAUUAAAGAUGAAUUCUGAUACUGUGGACUAUGAAGAUGCAUGUUUGAUUGUUCGCUACUUGGCCUCUAUGAGGCCAUUUGCCCAGAGCUUUGAUAUUUAUUUGACACAGAUUCUGCGUGUACUUGGUGAAAAUGCAAUUGCCGUUCGAACAAAAGCCAUGAAGUGUCUGUCUGAGGUUGUUGCUGUAGACCCCAGUAUUCUAGCCAGGCUGGAUAUGCAACGAGGUGUUCACGGACGGUUAAUGGAUAACUCCACUAGUGUACGAGAAGCAGCUGUGGAGCUGCUUGGCCGAUUUGUGCUCUGUCGUCCUCAGCUUGCUGAGCAGUAUUAUGACAUGCUGAUCGAAAGAAUAUUGGAUACUGGUAUCAGUGUAAGAAAAAGAGUCAUAAAGAUACUUAGGGAUAUCUGCAUUGAACAACCAACAUUUCCCAAAAUUACUGAGAUGUGUGUGAAAAUGAUUCGGAGAGUUAAUGACGAAGAAGGCAUUAAGAAAUUAGUAAAUGAGACAUUCCAGAAGCUCUGGUUUACUCCAACUCCACAUCAUGACAAAGAAGCAAUGACCAGGAAAAUACUAAACAUUACUGAUGUGGUUGCAGCUUGUAGAGAUACAGGGUAUGAUUGGUUUGAACAGCUUCUUCAAAAUCUGUUGAAGUCAGAAGAGGAUGCCUCAUAUAAACCUGUGAAGAAAGCCUGUACUCAACUUGUUGACAAUUUGGUUGAGCACAUUCUUAAAUAUGAGGAAUCCUUGUCAGAUUCUGACAACAAAGGUGUGAAUUCUGGUCGCUUGGUUGCUUGCAUAACCACUUUGUUCUUAUUCAGCAAAAUCAGGCCCCAGCUAAUGGUCAAACAUGCCAUGACCAUGCAGCCAUACCUGACCACUAAAUGUAGUACCCAGAAUGAUUUCAUGGUGAUCUGCAAUGUUGCAAAAAUCUUAGAACUUGUAGUGCCACUAAUGGAACACCCAAGUGAGACCUUUCUUGCCACUAUUGAGGAAGACCUCAUGAAACUCAUCAUCAAAUAUGGCAUGACGGUUGUUCAGCAUUGUGUGAGCUGUCUUGGGGCUGUUGUGAACAAGGUCACCCAGAACUAUAAAUUUGUAUGGGCCUGUUUUAAUAGAUACUAUGGUGCACUUUCAAAAUUAAAAAGUCAACAUCAAGAAGACCCCAACAGUACAAUACUUACUGCCAAUAAACCAGCACUCCUUAGAUCACUUUUCACUGUUGGAGCACUGUGUCGGCAUUUUGAUUUUGAUCAGGAAGAUUUUAAGGGCAACAGUAAGGUUAACAUUAAAGAUAAAGUACUUGAACUGCUGAUGUAUUUUACAAAGCAUUCAGAUGAAGAAGUACAGACGAAAGCCAUUAUUGGCCUUGGAUUUGCAUUUAUACAACACCCAAGUUUAAUGUUCGAACAGGAAGUGAAGACUCUGUACAACAGCAUUCUUUCAGAUAAGAACUGUUCAGUAAAUUUAAAAAUCCAGGUGUUAAAAAACCUCCAGACCUACUUGCAGGAGGAGGAUACACGUAUGCAGCAGGCCGACAGAGAUUGGAAAAAAGUAGCAAAACAGGAAGACCUGAAAGAAAUGGGUGAUAUUUCCUCAGGGAUGAGUAGUUCCAUCAUGCAGCUAUAUCUCAAACAGGUCCUUGAGGCUUUCUUUCAUACCCAGUCCAGUGUACGUCACUUUGCUCUAAAUGUCAUUGCACUGACAUUAAACCAGGGUCUCAUCCAUCCUGUUCAGUGUGUGCCAUACUUAAUUGCUAUGGGCACAGAUCCAGAGCCCUCUAUGCGAAACAAAGCUGACCAGCAAUUGGUGGAAAUAGACAAAAAAUAUGCUGGGUUCAUUCACAUGAAAGCAGUGGCUGGUAUGAAGAUGUCUUACCAGGUACAACAGGCAAUCAAUACCUGCCCAAAGGAUCCUGUAAGAGGUUUUAGACACGAUGAGUCAUCCAAUGCACUGUGUUCACACCUAUACUCCAUGAUUCGAGGGAACCGUCAACACAGACGAGCGUUUCUAAUUUCUUUACUCAACCUCUUUGAUGAUACUGCAAAAACAGAGGUGAAUAUGCUCUUGUACAUAGCAGACAAUCUAGCCUGUUUUCCUUAUCAAACACAGGAAGAGCCACUGUUUAUAAUGCAUCAUAUAGACAUUACACUAUCAGUUUCUGGUAGCAACCUACUACAGUCAUUUAAAGAGUCUAUGGUGAAAGAGAAAAAAAAGGAAAGAAACCCUUCAUCAGACGAGGAGACUGAAAGUGACAGUAACAGUGGUAGUGAAAGCGAAAGUGAGGAGGAAGCUUCUAAGCCUCGGAGGUUACGGAAACGAGUAAACUCUGAUUCAGAUUCUGAUGAAGAAAAUGAUAUAAAUGCUGUGAUGAAAUGUUUACCAGAAAAUUCAGCUCCUUUAAUUGAAUUUGCAAAUGUUUCCCAAGGCAUAUUAUUACUUUUGAUGCUGAAACAGCAUUUAAAGAACCUCUGUGGAUUCUCUGAUAGUAAAAUUCAGAAAUAUUCUCCAUCUGAAUCUGCAAAAGUUUAUGAUAAAGCGAUAAACAGGAAGACAGGAGUGCAUUUCCAUCCAAAACAAACUCUGGAUUUUCUGCGGAGUGAUAUGGCUAAUUCCAAGAUCACUGAAGAAGUGAAGAGGAGUAUAGUAAAACAGUACUUAGAUUUCAAGCUCCUUAUGGAACAUUUGGAUCCUGAUGAAGAGGAAGAAGAUGGAGAGGUGUCAGCUAGCACAAAUGCUCGUAACAAAGCAAUUACCUCGCUUCUUGGAGGAGGCAGCCCUAAAAACAAUGCAGCUGAGACAGAGGAUGAUGAAAGUGAUGGGGAGGAUAGAGGAGGAGGCACUUCAGGGUCAUUGAGAAGGUCAAAACGAAAUUCAGACUCUACAGAGUUGGCAGCACAGAUGAAUGAAAGUGUUGAUGUCAUGGAUGUCAUCGCUAUUUGCUGUCCAAAGUACAAAGACCGACCACAAAUUGCAAGAGUAGUACAGAAAACCAGCAAUGGCUUCAGUGUUCAGUGGAUGGCAGGCUCCUACAGUGGCUCCUGGACUGAGGCUAAGCGCCGUGAUGGCCGCAAACUGGUGCCUUGGGUAGACACUAUUAAAGAGUCAGACAUUAUUUACAAAAAAAUUGCUCUAACGAGUGCUAAUAAGCUGACUAAUAAAGUUGUUCAGAAUUUACGAUUGCUGUAUGCUGCCAAGGAUGGAACUUCCAGCUAAUGAAUUUGUACUUGCAGCCAAAUUUACAGGAAUUGAAAUAACAGAAAAACUUGAAAUAUCAACUUUCUGGCAAAAAAAAAAAAAAUCAGUUAAAUGAAGAGUAAGAAUGGAACCUGGGAUGCAGGAAAAAAAGAAGGAAAUGUUUGGUAAACAUUUAUGUGGGAGCUUCCUUCGCUGUUGUGCAGCAGAAACUUCUCAGUUCAUUUUUACUCCCACUGUAUUAUAGUUUAAAAAUUUGUUUAUAUCUUGAAAAAAACCUUUCUGUUAAAAACAUAAACAAGUGAAUGUUGGAAAUUAGUCUGUUAAUGUUCUUAAUAAAGUGUUCUUGGAGUUUAACCUAGCAGCGGAUGGCUUUCUUUAGCGUAGCCAGUUUCCAGGGAAGCACUGUUUUUACAGGCUGUAAAAUGGCAGAAUCUCCCGGAUAUAAUUUUUUUCUGUUGAAGAAAAAAAACAAGAAAGAAAAAAACUGCAUGCAGUAUCUAUGACCUAUCUGCAGGAGGAGGUUUUGUAAAUGUAGAUUUUGAUGUAUUAGGUCACCCUGAAAUAAUACAAGAAAAGGGAUCCCCAGCAAAUCUGGUGGAAUGAAU